ACGCAUUCUCCACAAGAUCAUCCAACAAAAAAUCUCCACCGGCCUCAACCAUGGCGGUAAUAGUGAAGAGCAAACAUCGUCGGUGCUCUGAAAAGGAGGAGAGGCCGACGUCCAAGAAGGCGAAACGAGAACGGCGAUCAUCAGAUUUGGCGGAACCUCUACUCAAUCAGACUCCGCGGUUGUGGAUUCCACCUCAAGCCGAGAAACGAUCUCACUCAAGACUCUACAACCCUGCCGACGGCAGCAGCCUACGCACCGUCGAAGCCUUCCCGGAAGAAAAAAACAGAGCUUAUUUUUGCGUGGGAGCUUCUCAAGGCCACUUGAUCUUCCUCCAGUACUUUGCCUCUUCCGAAUCUCCUUGCUUCAUCCCUUUCCUUCUCAACCCUAUCGCCGGAACCCACAAACACCCCCUCCCUAAAAUUGACGUCAACGUAUUCGAUUCCCCCUGCUUCAAGAACCACGCCGGAGAAUUCACCACGGGGAUGAUUCGCGAUAGCCUAGUUCACAAGGCCGUCCUGACAUCCGACCCGAGCCACUGUGAGAGCUCGGGUCGAUUCACUGUGGUUUUGCUCGGGGGCGAAGAGGGCAGCAGGAGGAUCUCAAUUUGUGCGCCGUUCAUCGACUUUCGGUGGUCGGAACUGGACAGGGCAGAUUCGGCGCCGUACCGCGACGUGUGUUGUUCGUCGGACGGAUUCCUGUUCGCAUUGGGAGGGAAUUACUCCGUCGAUGUCUGGAACAUGAGGUGGGGGGAGGACUCUGAUUCGCCGGAGAAAGUGACGAGCUUGGCGAUGUCGGUGCCAGAUCCGUUUCCCGUCGGGGAAACGGAUUACUGCGUGUCAAGAUUCUAUCUGGUGAACGCUGAUGUCGACGCCGUGCCGAUGUUGGUGGCAAGGAUUGUGGUGGAGUUUGUCGACGGGGAAGGCAACGUGGUUUGCGACCCAGAGAUGGAGCCUCCGGAGGAGGGAUCGAACCACCCUGCUGUUUGUCCCUACCGGACGGUCGGGUUCGAGGUCUACGCGAUGGACGCUGAUCGGAGGAAUUGGGUGCGGGCGGCGAAUUUGGGCGGCGGCGGGGAAAAGCACAGGAGAGCUCUGUUUUUGGGCGGGAACCACUCUGUUUCUGUCCCCGCCGGCGGCGGGAUUGCGGCGGACAGCAUUUACUGCACGGACGAUUACUGGGAGCGGAUGGAUGAGGAUUACUUGUACGGAGGGCACGACAAUGGGGUUUUUCGGUUGAGAGACGGCGUGAUUGGAAGGCUUGAUGGCGAGUUUGAAGAAGAGGAUAGAUUUGACCCGCCGCCGAGCUGGCUUGUUCCCAGAACCGCCGCGAAGCUCUGAGUGAGUGCUAGAGUUAGUAUGAGUGGUGUAGUUUUCAUAUCGUAUGUAUUAAAAUUUGCUUAUUGAGUUUCUAAUUUGUAGUUCAAUGAUGUAUUCAAAUCGUUAGUGAAACGAACAAAGUUAAAGUAUCAAU